AUGACCGCGGCGGCCGACUGCGUGCCUCCCGUGGCCCUGGCCAGCGACCGGGCCAAGCGGCCGGACGAGCCCACGCUUUUCGAGCUCGCGCAGCGGGGAGGAGGCUCUUUGGAGCCUGGCCGGCUCUCCUUCCAGUGGGAUCUGCUGAAGGUCCUAGAAGAGUUCGGCCACCUCACCCCUUCGCAAGUCCAGCUCAAAGGUGACUCCCCGCUGCGGCGCUCGGCGCUGCGCUUCGCGCAACGUGCCUCCGAGGUGCAACCUUCGGCAUAG